ACAAUCCUCUCCAUGAUCGAGAAGUGUGGUUGGAUGGUUAUUUUCAAUAUAUCGAGCCUACACAAUCCAUUUCAUCUGAUGGAAAGAUUUGCAGCAUUGAUUGAUCAUGUCCCAUCCUUUACCCAUCAUCAUGUCAGUUGUGUAAUGAAUCCAUUAUGAAAAUUACCAACAAUUCUCUUAUGAUUAUGAUCACAUGUGAAGGACGAUUUGGUCUUAAUCGGUUCACUGUACAUCGCUCAUCUUUUCAAUGGAAGUAGUCACCAAUUUCUGUUGACAGUAUAAUUGAGAGUGGCUGGUGGCCUGAAAGAGGAUGCCUGGGUCAUCACAAUCUGCUUUUGUAAGAAGUUUGGAAGAUAUUUGCAGCUCUAGAGGAAGGACAUGGAAAAAUUGUCCUCCUUGUAGUAUUGAUCAACAUUCAUGUCAUGUUGAUGGAAAUCAAAAAGUGUACAGAUUCAGCAAAGUACCAAGGGGUCCAGUCCAGUGUUAUUAUCGUGAUGUAUUGAUUGCAAACAAUAGUUUUGUGGACUCUCAUUUAAAAAGUCUUGGUUCAAAGUCAAUUCAGGGUUCUACGUGUUACAUAGGAAGAAAAUCAAAAUGCGCUAAGAAAUAUUGCACCAGCACUGUCUAUAAUGCAUGGGAAAUCACACAGUUGGUCAUGUCAGGUUAUUUGGAGCGGAAGAUUGCAUUGUGGUGCGGCAGCAACUUCUGGCGAAGAAGUUGAGCAAAUAAAUUCGUAUUUGUCAAGACUUGGCUCGACUACUAAAAAUAUGACGACUUCCGGACGAGAAGAAUGCAUUACUGAACACCUUCUGAGUUGGAACAAGC